AGGUAUAUUAAAAAAAAACAAAAAAAAAAAAACAGGAUUAAGGUCCUGGAAAUGAUAUAAACACAACGCAAAAGUAAAAUAGGAUGGGUUCCAGACAAAGUACAAAGGGAAAUCCAAAAGGGGAUGAAAAGUUUAUGAAUCAGAUUGAUCCACUUAAUUUAAAAUACUUGGGGAAGUGGAAGAAAAAGUAUAAUGUAGAUGGUGUGUUGAAAGUGACUAAAUGGGAAAACGUUGUGUGUCGGCUAGAAACAAGCGCUAGUGCAAAAACAGGAAAACAAAAACAGGAAAAAAUAAAAGAGCUUGAAAUUGCACGCUGUUGGUUAAAUCAAGCACAAAAAAGGCAGGUUGCACGAGCAAAAAAUAAAGCAGACCGUAGGCAGAGACAGUCCCGACCAGAAGGAGGGAGUGGGGUGGUCAAUGGAGCGGUGCGUCAAAGCCCGACUUCAUCACCUAUGUGGUCUCCUGCAAGUUUAGGCCCUAAACAAAAAAGAACCCGCCAGAACAUUACUUCAGUAAUGCAAACCAUGGUGGCAACUGAAGAAAACAGACCACCACCGUAUAAUCCCUCAAACCCCCCCAAGGAUGUUUCAAAUCUGUACCCAGACCUGGAUGGACUGAGUAAAUCAGAUCAUUCGUUAUCUACAGACCAGUCCAAAGGAUUGUGUCCUAUGGUGCAGGUCGCAAAUGCUAAUGUAGGAACACAGCAGCCUCAAACAAUCCCAGUUCUCCAUCCGUGGUCGUUAGAGGAAACCAGAAAGGCUGUAGAAGGUGUCAUUUCUCCACAGGAAGAUCCAGAAAUAUGGACCCAAGACAUGGAGGAAAUUCAUAGCUCAUAUGGUUUAAAUGGAAAUGAGUUCGAACAAGCCUUACAGUCGUCAGUGGGAAAACAUUGGGAAAAAGCAAGAGCGAAUGAUACAGGCAGAACCCCACGAGGCGGAAUAUUUGAACAUCAAACACAAAUGGGGAUCGAAAAAAAGGCAGAAAUGGACAGCUCUAGCAAAAGCAGCACGAGCAGUUUUCCACAGAAGAGCAGAUUAUGGACACUUGGCCUCCAUAAAACAAAAAAUAGGGGAAGACGUAGACAAGUUCAAAAUACGCUUUGAAAAAGAAUAUAAGUUUCACAGCGGCAUCCCUCCCGCUGACGGAGAUGAAACACCAUAUCAACAACAGCUAAAAAACAUGUUGAUGGGAAGUUUCCAGCCAUAUAUCUAUGAGUGGGUUAAAAAACAUUUAGUUACACUGGCAACGUCUAAUGUAACCACAGUUAUGGAAUAUGUGCGUCAAAAAAGAGAAACACGCAAAAAAGGGAGUUGGUGCAUCUGGAGGGGGGACACACAUUUUCUAGGCAGAUCCUAUGUGUGAUUCAGAAGAAAUAUUUGCUUUGCAAGUCACUGGACCCUUCAACGGUGUCGAGGAGGUUUCCGAGGAGGCAGGGGCAGUCCUAGCGACCGAGGGGGCUUUCAGCCCAAAUAAAAAAAAAAAAAAA